CAAUGUUGAAGAUGGUAGUGUUCUGUGUUGCACGUGUAAAUUAGUAGGUGUUGCUAUUUUGUUGAUCAGUAUAAAUGACAUAUGUCAUCAAAAUAAUUUAAUAUAUGAAUAUAAUAAAAUCAGUAUGAGAGAAAGUUCACAAUUUACGUUUUACAUGCAGUUACUCAAAUGUUUUAGUUUUGAUGUUCGACGCAUGUACUUUAUUCAUUGACAAUGUAAUUGACAAUUAACAAUUCCUUUCACUAUUAAGGAUAUAAUAAUGGAAGAGAAAGCAAUGUUAUGGAUGCUUUCUCUUGUUAUGCUCGUUGGUUCUUGUUUGGCUGGAUCAUUACCAUUAGUCAUAAAUUUAUCUGAAGACAAGUUACAAUUAGUAUCAAUCUUAGGAGCAGGACUUCUUGUUGGCACUGCAUUAGCCGUGAUUAUACCUGAGGGCAUAAGAGCGUUAUUUACUGGUGGAAUUGAUAAUGAAAAAGGGCCCCAUAGUGAUUUACAUUCUUUGAUUGGAAUUAGUUUAGUACUUGGCUUUGUAUUUAUGCUUUUGAUUGAUCAAUGUUCAACAAGAAGAAGCGGUGAAAAACAAAAAAGUGUUACAGCAACUUUAGGACUUGUAGUGCAUGCCGCAGUUGAUGGAGUUGCUUUAGGAGCUGCUGCUACUACAUCUCAAGCUGAUGUCGAAGUGAUCGUUUUCUUAGCAAUAAUGCUGCACAAAGCACCAGCUGCAUUUGGACUUGUGUCAUUUCUCCUUCAUGAAGGUGUAGAUAGAAAGAAAAUAAGUAGACACUUAUUAAUUUUUUCUCUAGCGGCACCAUGUCUUGCACUUGUGACAUAUUUUGGGAUUGGAAAAGAAGGGAAAGAAACAUUAAGCAGUGUCAACGCAACUGGUUUAGCCAUGUUGUUUAGUGCUGGAACAUUCCUUUAUGUAGCUACUGUACAUGUUUUACCAGAAUUAAUGACAAGAAACAGUAAUUACUCGCAUUUAUCAAAUGUUGAAGGUGCAACAAUAUCUGCGACUGGGCUUAAGGUUAAAGAAAUAUUAUUUUUAGUAAUAGGAUCAUUUUUACCUGCUUUGAUUACAACUGGACAUCAUCAUUGACUAAAACAAAUAUUAUUUUCGUUUGACUUACUACGGAUGAAAAAAAUUCUUUCUGGGAAAAAAGAUUUUUGACAGAUAAAGAAAUGAAAGAAGCCGUUGAAGAAUAUCUUACAGGCCUUGACAAGUUGGAGUUUUGUAAUAAUAUAAUGGCUUUGAAACAUUGUUGGUACAAAUGCAUUGAUGUUUAAGGAAAAAUUAUAUUAAAAAAUAAAAACAAUUUUAAAAAGAC